UAUGGACAAGCACCCAGUCUCCAACACGAUCAACCCCGCAUCCUACCAUGGGAAUCCGGCCGCACGGUGUUCGGACCGAGGAGUUGGCGGUCCGUGUCCGCACAGCCUGGGCUCAGAGGCAGGCACCGCAGGCAGCCGUGGUGGGAGGUCCGGGGACAGCGCGUCUACUCCGCAUCAAACCCACAAGCGGCGCCUGGAGGGGGUCCUCAAUAAAUACACCAACCUGCUACAGGGAUGGCAGAACAGGUAUUUUGUGUUAGAUCCGGACAUGGGUCAGCUGCAGUACUUUGUGAAUGAGCACAGUAAGAAUCAGAAGCCUCGGGGAUCUCUGCCUCUCACAGGGGCCUCUGUGGCCCUCAGCGAUGAACUACCGCACAUGUUCACGGUCCACUCUGCCACUGGAGAGGCCUACAAACUCAGAGCUUCGGACGCUGGGGAACAGCAGCUGUGGAUGAGUCAGAUGCAGCUCUGUGCACGGCGCCACUCUGACUCCAGUGCCAAGGGCCGGACACGCAGCUUCUCCGUGCUCCCUCCUCCACUCAGCCACCGCCACCCUGCCCCGCCCGUCGCCUCCUCCUUCACCUCCUCCUCACCUGGUACCCAGAGAAAACCUCUCUACCCUGGGGUUGGAGGGGUCAUCACCCAUCACAGAUCCCCUGCUACGACCCGCCGGGCCAGGACCCAGAACAACCAGAACUACCACCCUGCUCCAGGGAGACUGAGCCAGGUCAAAGAGGUGAUGACCCAGGCAGAGGGCCAACAGAAGAACCUGGUUAACUCUAUAGAGUCCCUGCCCUCCCGUGGUCCUCUGUCCUCCUUAGACCAGGACCUUCUCCUCCUCAAGGCCACGUCAGCAGCUACCCUCUCCUGUCUGGGGGAGUGUCUCCACAUGCUGCAACACAAUGUCAGCCAGGCCGCGCAGCAUGUCACCCUGGGUCGCUCAGACAGCCAGGACCGGAGUCAGAGUCCCAUCCACAAACAGUCCAGCCAGAGUAACAGCAACAUCUCCAGUCAGACUCACAACCACAACCACAACCAGUUCAAGAAGCAGAUGAGCCUGGAUCCCAACCAUGUUCCCAACGCACCAUCAGACAGCUUCGCAGGAUGGUCUAGAUCUCCCUCAGAGAAGCACGUGACCAGUAGAGGAGGGACACCUCUUCCACAUGUUCCCUCUCCAGCACACAUCAACAAGGAUGUGGUCAGCAACUCUGUGACCCAGAGCAAGGGACCACCGGUUGCAUGUCAACCCAGCAACCCCCAGCAGGCCCCUCCCACCCCAGAGUCUAUAGACCCCAGUGAAGAGAUGACAGACACAGAGGACAACGAGGAGGAGGACCUGGGAGUCAGAGAGGACCAACGGAACAUCAUCCUUCACCUGCUGUCGCAGCUCAAACUGGGCAUGGACCUCACACGGGUGGUACUCCCUACCUUUAUCCUGGAGAAGCGUUCCCUCCUAGAGAUGUACGCUAACUUCAUGGCUCACCCAGACAUGUUCCUGACCAUCACCACGGGAACCACCCCAGAGGAGCGCAUCAUCCGAUUCGUGGAAUACUACCUGACCGCCUUUCACGAGGGGCGCAAGGGUGCCGUGGCCAAGAAACCCUACAACCCCAUCCUGGGAGAGAGUUUCAGGUGUUCCUGGGACGUCCCCCGAGAGAGAGUCCACCCACUGAGGACCAUGAGCUCCGUCCCUAACACUAACACGACACCCGCUUCAAACCCCGCCCCUAACCCCUCCUCUUCCUCUAGAGGCUCUUCCCAUAACCCCGCCUAUUCCUCUAGAGGCUCUUCCCCUAAACCCGCCUGUUCAUCUAGAGGGUCUUCCCCUAAUCCCGCCUCCUCCUCUAACCCCGCCUCUUCCUCUAGAGGCUCUUCCCCUAACCCCGCCUCUUCCUCUAGAGCCUCCCGCCGGACAGGGACGGAGGGCGGGGGUGCUCAGACAGAGGACUGUUACCGGGUAAGGUUCGUGGCGGAGCAGGUGUCACACCACCCACCCGUCACUGGGUUCUACUGCGAGUGUAAAGAGAGGAACAUGUGCGUCAACACCCACGUCUGGACCCGAAGCAAGUUCAUGGGCAUGUCCAUCGGAGUGUCUAUGGUCGGGGAAGGUGUUCUACGUCUGUUGGAGCAUGAUGAGGAGUAUGUGUUCACUCUGCCCUGUGCCUACGCCCGCUCCAUUCUUACCGUACCCUGGGUGGAGCUGGGAGGGAAAGUCACCAUCAGUUGUGCCAAGAGUGGAUACUCUGCUACCGUUACCUUUCAUACUAAACCCUUCUAUGGAGGAAAGUUACACAGAGUGACAGCGGAGGUGAAGCACAACCCGACGGGGACCAUAGUGUGUAAGGCCCAGGGGGAAUGGAGCGGUACCCUGGAGUUCACCUACAGCAGUGGAGAGACCAAGGUCAUCAACACCUCCAAGCUGCCUGUCAUCAGGAAGAAGAUACGCCCCAUGGAGAACCAGGGACCCUACGAAUCACGGCGUCUAUGGCAGCAUGUCACCUCAGCUCUGAGAUCAGGAAACAUUGACUCUGCUACAGAGCACAAACACUGUCUGGAGGAGAGGCAGAGAGCAGAGGGCCGACAGAGAGCUGCCUCCAACACACCCUGGACACCCAAGUACUUCAUCAAGGAGGGCGAGGGCUGGGUGUAUCACAACCCCCUGUGGAAGACCCACUGACAAGGGGAGGGGCCUCGGGGGGAGGGGCAACGUGCCAGCUGCCAAUCACAGCACAGCGAGCGGCCCGCUGGUGGUCAUGGCAACACACAGGGGACCAGCUAGCCGGGCCGCUAGAGAAUAGAGCAAAUACACAAGGGGCUGUGUUCCAAAUGGAACCCUAUUCUCUAUAUAGCGGACAACUGCAGAAAGAGUGCACUAUAUAGGGAAUAGGGUGCUAAUUUCAGAUUUGCCCAAGGAUUGUCUUGGAUGAGGAGCUUGUGUCUCAGUCAUUCAAUAAGAAUGAGAGGUGCCAAAGACUCUCAGAGGGACAGGAACUACAGUCACAAGACAGCAAAAGCUCACUGAGUUUCCUGUCAGAAGCUGACCUGCUCCACACGAUACAGGAAACUCGGCCAUUUAGGAGACGGACCGGGUUGAACCAGGAAUAGGUUGGUUAGGAACAGAAGAUGAGCGUGACCGUUGGUGGUCAAAGAUAGCGGAACAAUUAUGUAGCUUUUCUUUAUAUACAGUAGAAUCUAAAUACCAGAAGAAUAUAUUAUAUUCACAUGCUUCUUCCUUCACUUUCAAUUUGUUUGCACAGGUACUGUAGCUGUCUCCACUGUUAUUACCCAGUAGGCCACAGGAGGGGUUGUCCUUCCAGCUGUCUCCACUGUUAUUACCCAGUAGGCCACAGGAGGGGUUGACCUUCAAGCUGUCUCCACUGUUAUUACCCAGUAGGCCACAGGAGGGGUUGUCCUUCCAGCUGUCUCCACUGUUAUUACCCAGUAGGCCACAGGAGGGGUUGUCCUUCCAGCUGUCUCCACUGUUAUUACCCAGUAGGCCACAGGAGGGGUUGUCCUUCCAGCUGUCUCCACUGUUAUUACCCAGUAGGCCACAGGAGGGGUUGUCCUUCCAGCUGUCUCCACUGUUAUUACCCAGUAGGCCACAGGAGGGGUUGUCCUUCCAGCUGUCUCCACUGUUAUUACCCAGUAGGCCACAGGAGGGGUUGUCCUUCCAGCUGUCUCCACUGUUAUUACCCAGUAGGCCACAGGAUGGGUUGUUCUUCCAGCUGUCUCCACUGUCAUUACCCAGUAGGCCACAGGAGGGGUUGUCCUUCCAGCUGUCUCCACUGUCAUUACCCAGUAGGCCACAGGAGGGGUUGUCCUUCCAGCUGUCUCCACUGUUAUUACCCAGUAGGCCACAGGAGGGGUUGUCCUUCCAGCUGUAUGAUGUAAGUAAGAUCCAAGGAUCUAUGAUUUGCCCAUAAUUAACACACAACGCCAAACAGACUGUUUAGUGAAGAGUCUUCCUUCAGUCGUUCUGUUCUAUGAUGUACAGUAUAUACAUACCGGUAUGUAUGUUUGUCACGCUUGACUUGGACACUGUUCAUAACACAACAGCCCAGUAUAGAGAACAGCGUUUCCUUCAGCCCCUCCAAUAGCCCAGUAUAGAGAACAGCGUUUCCUUCAGCCCCUCCAAUAGCCCAGUAUAGAGAACAGCGUUUCCUUCAGCCCCUCCAAUAGCCCAGUAUAGAGAACAGCGUUUCCUUCAGCCCCUCCAAUAGCCCAGUAUAGAGAACAGCGUUUCCUUCAGCCCCUCCAAUAGCCCAGUAUAGAGAACAGCGUCUCCUUCAGCCCCUCCAACAGCCCAGUAUAGAGAACAGCGUUUCCUUCAGCCCCUCCAACAGCCCAGUAUAGAGAACAGCGUCUCCUUCAGCCCCUCCAACAGCCCAGUAUAGAGAACAGCGUUUCCUUCAGCCCCUCCAACAGCCCAGUAUAGAGAACAGCGUUUCCUUUAGCCCCUCCAAUAGCCCAGUAUAGAGAACAGCGUUUCCUUCAGCCCCUCCAAUAGCCCAGUAUAGAGAACAGCGUCUCCUUCAGCCCCUCCAACAGCCCAGUAUAGAGAACAGCGUUUCCUUCAGCCCCUCCAACAGCCCAGUAUAGAGAACAGCGUUUCCUUCAGCCCCUCCAACAGCCCAGUAUAGAGAACAGCGUUUCCUUCAGCCCCUCCAACAGCCCAGUAUAGAGAACAGCGUCUCCUUCAGCCCCUCCAACAGCCCCACAAUGGAGAAAUGUAAUCAGAGGUGAACACUGCUACAAUGUCAAAGUCAAAGCCAUUUCUCCAGCCCACACCAGCAAUCUUCAGUAUUCACACACUAACGUUGGAGUGAAUGGAAGCAGGAAGUAGCCCGGUGCUCCAUUCUGUUUGUCCUUUUAUAUGGCCGAACCUUGAAGAGAUCUUUAUAGGGCCGAACCUUGAAGAGAUCUUUAUAGGGCCGAACCUUGAAGAGAUCUUUAUAUGGCCGAACCUUGAAGAGAUCUUUAUAGGGCCGAACCUUGAAGAGAUCUUUAUAGGGCCGAACCUUGAAGAGAUCUUUAUAUGGCCGAACCUUGAAGAAAUCUUUAUAGGGCCGAACCUUGAAGAGAUCUUUAUAUGGCCGAACCUUGAAGAGAUCUUUAUAGGGCCGAACCUUGAAGAGAUCUUUCUAGGGCCGAACCUUGAAGAGAUCUUUAUAUGGCCGAACCUUGAAGAAAUCUUUAUAGGGCCGAACCUUGAAGAGAUCUUUAUAUGGCCGAACCUUGAAGAGAUCUUUAUAGGGCCGAACCUUGAAGAGAUCUUUAUAUGGCCGAACCUUGAAGAAAUCUUUAUAUGGCCGAACCUUGAAGAAAUCUUUAUAUGGCCGAACCUUGAAGAAAUCUUUAUAUGGCCGAAGCUUGAAGAGAUCUUUAUAGGGCUGAACCUUGAAGAAAUCUUUAUAUGGCCGAAGCUUGAAGAGAUCUUUAUAUGGCCGAACCUUGAAGAGAUCUUUAUAGGGCCGAACCUUGAAGAGAUCUUUAUAUGGCCGAACCUUGAAGAGAUCUUUAUAGGGCCGAACCUUGAAGAGAUCUUUAUAUGGCCGAACCUUGAAGAGAUCUUCAUAGGGCCGAACCUUGAAGAAAUCUUUAUAUGGCCGAACCUUGAAGAAAUCUUUAUAGGGCCGAACCUUGAAGAAAUCUUUAUAGAGUCUAAUUUAUGGCCUAAUCUUGAAGAGAUCUUUAUAGUCUAAUUUAUGGCCUAACCUUGAAGAGAUCUUUAUAGAGUCUAAUUUAUGGCCUAACCUUGAAGAGAUAGUGAAGGUCAGAGAGAAAGGUAUAUUACCUCCACUAUACAGCCUUCACCACAGUAGUACAGUGUACUGAAUAUGGCUUGGCUGCCUCCCAAAUAUUCCCCACAUAGUACCCUUACUUUGGUGCCAUUUGGGAGGUACAAAUCCAACCGUAUCCAGGAGGUGCAAAUCCAACCGUAUCCGGGAGGUACAAAUCCAACCGUAUCCGGGAGGUACAAAUCCAACUGCUAUAUAGAGAGAUAUAUUGACCCUUGAUUUAUUUAAUCCACAUCUGAAUAUUUAUUCUCCUGGUUUUCAAUAUUCUGUGAUCCUAGGCUUAGAUUCAAUCUGGGCCGAGGAAGAUAGGCGCUAUAACAAGAUUUAAAUUUAAAGGCAAAGUUUCCUGCGUCAGCGGAUACUGCAUUCACGGUAAACGCUGCAUCUGUUCAAAACUGUUCGCUGCUCUGGCCCCCCAAUGGUGGAACAAACUCCCUCACGACGCCAGGACAGCGGAGUCAAUCACCACCUUCCGGAGACACCUGAAACCCCACCUCUUUAAGGAAUACCUAGGAUAGGAUGAAGUAAUCCUUCUCACACCCCCCCUCCCCCCCUUAAA